CCAGAGCCUCGCAGGGAGGGAGGGCGCAGACCCACUCCCGCCCCGCGCUGCUCGCCGCGCUGGCGAGGCGCUGGGAGCGGCGCCUCCGGGCGGGUUCCCGGCGCCUCGGGCAUGACGGGGGGCUGCGCCGCGCCCCGGAGCCGAGCCGGGACAGCAGGAGGACAACUGCCUUCAGAUGAUACAGAACUCAUUGACAGUUGCUAUUGCUUCAGUCCUACUUCAUGAGAACUUCAGAAGAUACUAACUGAGAUGGUACGUGAACAAUACACUACAACAACACCAGGCACUAGCCUAGAGAGGCCGAAGAACGAAUAUGUCUACAAAAUUGGAAUUUAUGGCUGGAGAAAGCGAUGCCUCUACCUAUUUGUUCUCCUCCUGCUUAUCAUCUUAGUUGUAAAUUUUUCUUUAACAAUUUGGAUUCUUAAAGUGAUGUGGUUUUCUCCAACUGGAAUGGGACACCUGCGUGUUACAAAAGAAGGCCUUCGUCUUGAAGGGGAAUCAGAAUUCUUAUUCCCUCUUUAUGCCAAAGAAAUCCAUUCUCGAGUGGACUCAUCCCUGCUUCUCCAGUCUACUCACAAUGUGACUGUGAAUGCUCGCAAUUCAAAUGGGGAAGUCACAGGCAGAUUAAAUGUGGGUCCUAAAAUGGUAGAAUUCCACGGUCAGCAAUUUCAGAUCAACUCAAAGGACGGCAAGCCACUUUUUACAGUGGAUGAAAAUGAAGUUGUAAUUGGCACAGAUAAACUUCGAGUCACAGGGCCUGAGGGAGCACUUUUUGAACACUCUGUAGAAACACCUCUUGUGAAGGCAGAAGCUUUUAAACAGCUUAGGUUGGAAUCACCAACGCGAUCUUUGAGCAUGGAUGCACCACGAGGAAUUAAUAUCAGAGCGCAAGCUGGGAAUAUUGAAGCUCUUUCCCAGAUGGAUAUCAAGCUACACAGCAGUGAUGGUGUGCUUUUGCUUGAUGCUGAAACUGUACGACUGCCCAAAUUGCCUGAAGGUACAAGGGGUGGCUCUGCUGUUUCUCAGGGCCUCUAUGAAAUCUGCGUGUGUCCAGAUGGAAAACUCUACUUGUCAGUGGCUGGCGUGGGCUCCACUUGUCAAGAAUACAGCCGUGUCUGCCAGUGAGGCACCAGAGAAAGACACACACACCUUUGCUAGGCUGAUUUUUAUAUUAUUGCUGAAGAAAAUUACCAAAAGCAGAAUUUUCAGAAUUUUAAAAACAAAGUACUUCAGUUUAGGUAACAAAUCUGUAUCUACAACUCUGGACUACAGGGUGAAAGGGGAAGAAGAGCACAAAUGACAUUUCAACUUCUGAAGAAUGACUUGAAUCAAAUUAUACGUUCUUUCAUUAACACUGUAAAAACAGCCUUAUAGAGAUUAUUAAAAAAAAAAAAAAAGGAAUAUUUCCUUAAAAGUUUCCUAUUGUUUAUGUCAUUGUUAAUAUUUUUGACCUCUGUGGGUUUUUUUCUCUCACUACAUGUAAAGUCUUACUGCAUUAGUGGGUGAAAUUAAAUUGAGGGAACUACUUGAACUAUUUGCUAAGACAACACAUUAUCUGGGAAAUUCAGAAGUGCCAGCAAAUGGUCUAUGCAAUUUUGUUCUUGCAAUAACACAAGAUAUGAAAAAUGUGGUAUUUGUAUAAGUUCUGUGUAAAAGGUAUUAAUUUGCUAAUAGCAUUGUAGUUUAAUUUGGCAACAUACAUGCUGAUUUGCUUCUUACUGAGAUUCAUAUAAAAAUAACUAAUACAAAAAGCUCCACGAGUCAUUUAUACCUCCCUGUCUCAAAUCUGUUCACUAUACAACGGAGAAAUAUGUUAGUAUAUUUUAUAAUAGCAAUAGUUUGUUGUACUACCUGUAUCAUUGCACUCAUUUAAACCCUUUUAUAUCUUAGGACAUACUAAUUCAACAAGGCAAUUUGCUCUGCCUGCUGGACUAGUAAAAAGAAAACAAACACUAUCCUUAAUGAGGCUUCAGAUUGUCUGACACAAGAAACUGUUUGGGCGCUGGGAGAAAAAAAUCCUUUUUUGCACCCACAGGAUUCAAGAGGACUAUUUAAUUUCCACCUGCAGCUGUAGGCUGAUAUUUCUGAUCCUGUCAGAGUAAGACUCCACCACAAAUGGAGAGAGUAAAAUUAACUUGUUAACACUUUUUUACAUUGGGACUUUGGAUAAAGAGUGAAUGCUUACCAGAGCUGAAAAACCAUUUAUUAACUGUGUAGAGAAACACAACUGCAGACCCAGUCCCCUGUACAGCGUUGCACUGAACACAAAUAAAUUGUUUGCACACCUCUGGGUAGCAGGUUUUGUAUUUCAUACUCUAUUGUUUAAGCCUUAUGGGGUUUUAACUCCUUUGAUGCUGUUUUGUAUAUACUUGGUAAUAUUGUUACCCAGGUAGGAGCUGCUAUCACAUAGUGCCUUGGUGUCUACAUACAGAAAGACUUUUACACAUAAUCAUUAUUAAACCACAGAAUGUUCAUCCUUUAGAGAAAAGAAUCGUCAUCCAUAAGGCAGGAGAAUCACAAUGGAAUAAUGACUAUGCCAUUUUUUAAACUUGCUACUUCAACUGUCGUGUCCAAGCAAAGAAGCCAGCACUCAGUUAUGAGCCUGAGUUGAGAAGCCCCCAGUUAACCAUAUCCAUUAUUACUGUAGCAAAGCUCUGGGUAGGCCCUGCCUUAAGGGCUGCCUUUGGAAUUUAUCCAAUGAGUUGAAUGUACAAUACUGAAAUUGCCUGUCAUUGGCAGGGUGGAGCCCUCAGAAAUUAAUGCAAACUAGAUGAGCUUCACUGGAAAAAGUAGCAGACACGGUUAAGCUGCACUUUCGGGUGUCUUCAGGCAAAAGAGGCAAGUGAAUCAAGGUCUCCCAUGUUAUUUGGAGAGUGCUCCAAUUACUAACAUAUUGCCUAAAGGAGAGGUAGGAAGAUACACAGCUUCCAUUUCUGAAAUUCCCUUUUCCUUGGCUUAGACAUCUACCCUCAGGAGUGAGUCUAGGGCUGUUGGCCAUAAAGACAGCAAUACCUCUCUCCGCUCUACAACUGUAUCUCUGAACUCUCUCUCUACUACUAAGGCCCUUAGCCAAGACAGGCUUAAACAGAAACUUGUCUUCAGCAUUCCCUUAAAGUCAGUUUAGGUGAUUCUAGCUCCAUGUCCAAGUUUUUACAGUCCAAAUUGUGCUUAUUACAGUCCAAAAUUUGCUUAUUCAUUCAAAAGUUUAUGUAUUAAAAUAAAAGGCAGCACAUUCCAUUGUGUGUGCCAGAUACCUGAAAACCGCUGCUACAAGUAACUGGGGGAGCCGUCACGUCUUUUACAGAUGUAGUACAACAGCAAAACUCAGAGUCCUCGGAGAACUCAGCCACUAUCUAGUUUCAAAAGCAUUUGAAUUGUCAUCAUACCUAUCUUUCUGACGUUAAGGGACGUAUGCCCACUUGCCUGUGGUACUAAGCUACUCAUUCACCUAAUCUAAUCCCUAGAUUUUUGCCAGAUACUGUAAAUAAGCACAUUAGUUACAAUCUGCCUAUCAUGCUGGCAAUGCAAACAUAGCAUUCUGUAACGCAUUUUAAGCUUUGGUUUGAAGGCACAUUUUCAAAUGUGAUUUGCCAGUUAAUACAGAGGAAGGGAUUGAAUCAAGGCUUUCCAUGUAUCACAAGAGUAACCUAACUCCUAAACUACUGAGUAUUUGGAAGCUGAUUCUGUUGCAACAUCUUGCAUUGGAGUUGCUCUGUUUUAGUCAACAUUUUUACAAAGCUGUGCUAUACAGCAAGGAAAAUCAGAGUGCGGUUCCAUGGCUGCUACCACUACUAAGCACUACAGCACCUCAGUUCAACAUUGCAGUAAGUACUGCCUUUCUCAUGGACAUAAUCCUUUUGGACUUGCCUCAGUUCACAGGUGGAUUCUGAGUAAGACAGAAAACUAAACAGGCCUGCUGAAUACUCAGCUCUGCCAUCAUCCAAAUCAUCAGUUUGCCCUUCUUCAUUGUUUAAACUUCAUUCUUCUUUUCAUUAUGCUACAAAAUUGACAUUGAAAAUAUAGUUGCAUUAUAUAAGUUGUGCAGAUUUUUUUUAAAGCAUGGAUGGCAACUUCUUGUCACUAAGGAAUAUUUUUGGGAUUUUUUUUUUCUUUUAGGUGUGGUUAGUGGGAAAAAAAAGUUUAUGCUAAACCGACCACCAUCUGAUGUUGUAAUUUCAGUUGCUGUUAAUCUCAAUAUGGUUCAUAUAUCACUGAAUAAUCUUUUCUGAUAUCUCCAAGUGGAUGUCUUUCCAUCUCUCUUUAAUACUUCAGAAUUGUUGUUACUGCUUGAAUCAAAGUUCAGUAAACAGUUACAGAUUAAUAGAAAAUUAUGGAGCAGGAGAGUAUGCACUUCUCUAUUUUAAAGUGUUAUCCAAAUUGAGAAGAAAGAAAACCACUACCCAGCAUACUGAACUGUAUUGUUUGCAUAUUUUUUCUCUCGAGAAGAAUUAUUUCCAGCAGUUCUUGUAACUGGAUGGGAUUGUUACACAGUGGAAAAGCAAAAAUAUCAAAAUGGUAUAACUUCAUUGGUGAUUGCCCAAACACAACCCUCUUUGUUUCCAUU